CAUAUAUCUCUUGUGGGGGCAGACAGAAUGAGGAUAAAAUGGACCACCGAGGACGACGGCCCAUCGGUGGUGGAAUACGGCAGCCAGUAUUCUCUCAAGGCCACCGGCUCUUCCGACGACUACUCCUACCUACUAUUCUACCGCUCCCCCCACAUCCAUGACGUCGUCAUCGGCCCAUUGAGUCCCAGCACGGUGUACGACUACCGAUUGGGCAUGAACUCCGCUCGCAACUUUUCAUUGAAGACCCCACCGAACUCCUUGCCCUUCAAUUUCGCCGUCGUCGGGGAUUUGGGUCAGACCGUGUCGUCGGGCUCGACCCUGGACCACUUGGCUGCGGCGGACUACGACGUGCUGUUGCUCCCCGGCGACCUCUCCUACGCAGGCGUAGAACAGCCGCUGUGGGACUCAUUCGGCCGGCUGGUGGAGCCGCUGGCGAGCUCCCGGCCGUGGAUGGUGACGCAAGGAGAGUACGAGACAGAGAGGAUCCCCCUCAUCCACCCGAAAAAGUUUGUCGCGUACAAUAUGCGAUGGCGCAUGCCGUACGACGCCGACCCGGCCACCUCCUCCGGCUCCAACCUCUUUUACUCCUUCGACGUCGCCGGCGGAGCCAUCCACGUGAUCAUGCUCGGCUCCUACGCCGAUUACGACACGGGGUCCCCGCAGCAGUCGUGGCUGGCGGCUGACCUAGCGAGGAUGGAGCAGCAGCGGCCGCAGUGGGCGGUGGCGGUUAUGCACGCGCCGUGGUACAACACGAACGACGCGCACCACCUGGAGUUCGAGGAGAUGCGGGUGGCGUUGGAGGCGAUGCUGUACGAGGCGCGGGUGGACGUGGUGUUCUCCGGGCACGUGCACGCUUACGAACGGUUCGCGCGCGUUUUCAAUGGCAGUUCCGACCUGUGCGGGCCGGUGCACAUCACCAUCGGCGACGGCGGGAACGUAGAAGGGCUGGUGACCGACUUCCUGCUGCCUCAUCCGGCGAUCUCGCUUUUCAGGGAGGCCAGCUUCGGGCACGGCCGGUUCGAGGUGGCGAACGCGACGCACGCGCUGUGGACGUGGCACCGGAACGACGACAACGUGGCGGUGGCGGCGGACCAGGUGUGGAUCACCAGCUUGGCAUCCGAUCCGAACUGUCAAAGGAAACGGAGGGGGGAAAGGUUUUGGGAUGCCGCCGCCGAGCACGAAGGAAACUUGGGGGGUUUUUUCCGCCGCCGCAAAGAGGAGAGGCUUCUGCCUCGUCCUCGCGCCUCUCGCCAGCAUCCUCACGACCCCUCCCCGUUUUUCCUCCCUCGCCGAAGGCCACGAUCUAAGGCACUGCCGAAGUCACCGCCGCUCCUCUCCUAUCUGAUCUUCUCCGCCGCCUUGCGCACAGGGGGUGCUUCUGCUGUCUACUACCACCACCAUGGACAGAAGCCAAGGCUUCUUCUGGAUACCUCGUUACUACCGCCGGAGAGAUCCGUCGGCGAUGAGGGGCCACCUCCUCCCUUCUCCUCCGUCCUCGGUGCCUCCCGCCGUGCCGACGGCAUUGGAUGCCGUCGCCGACGCCUCCAGCAGGCGUCUACACCUCCUCGCACCAUAGCCACCGCUGAGAGCACGCCAUAG